CAGUUUCCUAUCUAAUCUCGAUCUCUCCACCCGUUUCCCCCAAAACCAGCGGCGCCACCACCCACCUUCCCCCAUGGCAUCGGCGGCGGCGAGAUCCGGCCUCCGCUCGCUGGCGGCGCGCGCCAAGGCGACCGCCGCCCCCGCGGCGAGGCGCCGCAUGUCCUCCUCCGCCCACGACGACGCCCAUGAGACGGCCAAGUGGGAGAAGAUCACCUACGCCGGGAUCGUCACCUGCACCCUGCUGGCGGCGUACAACCUCUCCAAGGGCCACCCCCACUUCGACGAGCCGCCGGCGUACCCCUAUCUGCACAUCCGUAACAAGGAGUUCCCAUGGGGACCCGAUGGCCUAUUUGAGAACAAGCACCAUUAAGUACUGAACAGCGCACCAUCAGAAGCCCAGUGAAUGCUUAAGAAAAAUUCUCUGGUUGUUCCAGUGAUUCUUGUUUUCAGUGAAACCUAUUUUUCUUGCAACAAAGAAAUAAGAAUGACAAAACUCUUGUGUUGAUAAUCAGGAUUUAACUGUGUUGUUAGUUGUUACCUGUUUUCUUCAUUCACAGCAGUGAUCAUAUGCAUGUGUUCUGUUUCAGAAAAUGCUGUCAUCAUCACAACAAGCUUUGUUAUUAUAAUCUUCCUACGCCAUUUCUGUGCUCUUGCUCUUUAUGGGAUGAAACCUGUUCCGAAAA